ACGAUUCUUAGCUCGAACACAGUCUGCUAGCAGUCCUCGUUGUUGUCACUGCAGCAGCGACUCAAACAACUUUUACUUUUUUUAUUUUUUCUCUAUUAAAAUUUGUUUAACAAUGUCGAUUCACUUACACAUCACCAAAGAAAACAUGCAGCAGGACGAGGAACCGGUGCUGCACUCGAUACCGUGCAAAAUUCACACCGACGACACGGCCAACGUCGAGACCUACUUUAAGCCUUACAUUCAAAAUACCGAGGGUGACAAUUUGAAAUCGUCGUUCCGGGGACAUCCGCUCGAGGGUAAAAAGAUACCGGUGCCCAAGGGCUACAUGGGUGUCACCUUCUUCGAGUACAAAAAGCCCGAGACCGACGACGCCGAAAGAAACAUCUAUGCCACAGGCCGAUUCAGCGAGUUCACGUAUUGGAAUUACGACAAAGUACCCACGAAAAACGAUCCCUUCAUUUCCGCUCUCGACUGGAUCGACAUAGCGGAGGCUUUACACUCGAACGAUGAUGUACAGGAGGAAAAAUGACAAUGCUGACUUUCGCAGAUAAGCUUGUAUUUAUUUUUUAUACUGACGAUAUUUUUCGAUAAUGUUUUUAAAUAUAAUUUAUUUUUUCAAAGCAUCGA